AAGAAGUUAGAAACUGCUACAGCAAUCUUCAGUUUCUGAGGGAAAUCAGCAAACUGAGUGCUGGAAGUGGAAUCAAUACCACUCAGUUAAUCCUGUGCUUGUGGAUUUGAUCUGGAGCUAAGUACCUCACUCUGUCUCAUUGCCAUUUUUUUCUUAAUUCACUUGGCCUCCUUUGGAACACUCAGAGUGUUCACAAUUUUGAAAGCUUUCAUAAAAAGUAUUGUAUUAAAUAAAUGGAAGCUUAACGUGAAUUAGUAUCUGUAAAGAUUAUACAUGAGUAUUAAAGAAUUAUAAGGUGUCAGACUCGAGCAGCUGCUCACAUAGAGCAGGAUUUUUUAUUGGAUGGAUAAUAUUAAUAAGUUUUACAGCAGUCAUGGUGAUGCUGUCACACAAGCAUGAUUGUAAUGAGAUUUAACAACAGAAACAUUUUACUCACCUGUAGCAACCGUUAAAACUGAUCUGGAACUCUUCGGGAGUUUCAAGGUACUGCUGGCAGGAGUUAGAAUUUUCCACAUUUCUGUGAGUGGAAUUGGCUCUGUUUGUGACUUAAGUAUUCAACUGUUGCAAAGACUGUGAUUGACAGCUUUAGGCAAUUGACUCCAUGAGUCCAUGUUUUCAGCAGCAGAGCAGACAGAAUCUGUACAAGUAGUUUUCCAAUAGACUGGGGGUAAAUUUCUGGAUAAAACAUGAAGAUAUUCCAAGCUCUAAGGAGCUCCAUGUUGACCAAGGUGUGGCUAUGCUUCCUCUCACCUUGCAGAAUGAGCAUUUUUUUACCUGCCUUUCUGCAGCAGAAUGGCUGUUCUCAGUACCUUGUUUCAUCACCAGGCAUCGUGUACUCAUCCAGGAUAAAAAGUAAUUUUGGUUACAGAAAGUUGACAUUGCCUUGCUUCAGGGUAGGGUGAAAGAUCAAGAAGGCAUGUGCCAGUGUAUGGAUUGGAGUGCAUGUGUCAGUAGUUGGGUUCCAUUCCUUUGAGUUUUGGUCAAUUUGGUUACUAUGUUGCUUUCCAUUAUUUUUUCUCCCCACUUUACUGUCUCCAUUUUAAUAGGAAGAGUACCCAGCCUGCUGCAUGUUUAGUCACAGAAUUACUUUGUUGCAGACUUAGCUAUUAGAGUGAUAAAUGGGUGUUCAGAAGUUGAACAGAAAAGCAAGUUGAAAAUGGAAACAGGUCGUGCACUGUGUUUUUAAUCACUACGUUUAAAACUCCCUUUGAUAUUUACAAUAUUUAACAUUUGAUGAUGCAGCUACUAAAAGUGAGGAAUCUUAAUAAGUGCUAUUUUCUUGGACUAUUUUAUUUUAAAUAAUAUAUGCUACCAGUUUCAUUACAGAACUAUUCAUUGUCAGUUGAAUUCUGAGGCUGGUAGUUGUGACAACAUGCCCGGGGAAUACUGCUGACACAGAUAGCCCUUCAGAGAGUGGUUUUGUUCCAGCUUUGACAAUGAAAACUGAUAUCAGAGUUGCAGUGAAUGGCAAAUAUUCAUAGUGCUAGGAGAACAGAAGGAGAAGGAAAGAGAUGCAUAUUAACAAGUGAACUUGAUGAUAAAACAAGCCUGACAAAGAAACAAAGGACUAUAAGAAGAACAACUGCUUGUUUGAUUUGCAAAAAAAUGUAAAGCAACCCACAGUAAGGGAUGCAAGAAGUAACUAGUGAUAGAGGCCCCUGUUCACAAACAUAUAUUUAUUCAGGACAGCACUUCAGGGUGUCAGAACGUGGCCCUGAGUACUGCCAUGGGCAGGUCUACUGUUGUCAGUAAAGCACCUCAUUUGUAUCAGAGCUGUUAAGAACUUGUUAUAAGUGGCAAAGUCUGGUGAACCUAUCAUAUUUUGAGGAUCAUUCAUUCCUCUUUUUUUUUUUCCUUUCUGCUUUGCCCUCUCCUCACUUUAGAUCUAAUAUCCAGAAGUACAUCAAAAAGCAUGGAAGAGAAGAAGGUGAAACAAGAAGAUCAAAGUGCAGAAGAAUCAGCUUUCCUGGAAGCCCUACUAGAAUUUCAAAUUAAGAAAAAAGAAGCAGCAAUUGAUAAGGUUUUGUUUGAUUUGAAACAAGUGGAAAAAAAGAACAAAGAAUACAAUGAAAGAAAUGACAACCUGAAGGAGGAACAGCAGGCCCACAUCAGGCGUAUACUAAGAAGAAUAGAAGAAAAGGAGAAAGAAAAAGAUUCAAAGGAGGUUGUGACUAGGGAUGAUGUGGAAGAAUCACUGAAAGACAAAUGGCAAUAUGCUAAGGACAAAGAGCAAAUUCUAAAAGACCUGCUCUUCCAAACAGAAGAAACUGACCAACGACUUUCAGUAAGGCAGAGUGAGAGGGAUUAUUGGUUGGAGUACAAAAAUGUAGGAAGUAGAACGGAUGCCAACAAAAUUAAGAAUCUGAAAAAAGACAUCAAGGAAGUCAAAGAUGACUUUCAGAGGUCUUCAGAGUAUUACAGAAAUGCUUUGAAAGCAAUGAAAGAAGAGAAUGAUGCUCUGGUUGAGAUGUGCAUGAAGAAAAAUAAGGAACAGGCCCCAGAGAACGCUGUAAGAUACUUAGACAAAAGCAGCUGCAGAGAAAUUGAAGAGAAUGAGUGGCUAAAGCAAGAGGUUAAACUGUACCGAAAGGAAGUGAGAGAUUUGAAAGCCUCUGUUCAGCUCCUGGAAGAAGAAAAUAUCAGAUUAGUGAGAAAACUGAUGGAUAACAAAAUUCAGAACCUGAGAGUACCCAGGCAUUUGUUUCUUACUCAGGCAGCUGGCUUGCAAGGUGAAUCUCUCCAGGAUGAAAUUAAAGCAGUGGAGCAUAGAGAGUAUUCAGCAAAGACUGAUGGAGAGGAAAGCCUCAGUAGAGCCACAGUCUCGUGUCAGAGAAAGAAGUCCUUUCCAAAGAUUCAGUGUGAAACAGAGAUUGAGAAAUCACAGGACCGUGAUGAAGAGCUGCAGGAAAUGUCAUUGACUCCCAUUCUUAAUAGCUUGUUUGAAGUUGAAAGAGAUUUCCAGGAAUACUUAAAAUUGGGUCCUCUGGUGUCAAACCCAAUAUGUGUGAUUGGAAGAGCCAUGCCUAUUCAUAAAGAGCCAGAAGAAACACCAAGCAAGAGCCCCCCAAAAGGUGACCAUAUUGGUGAAUCUGACAAGCACAUCACACCUCAGAUGAUCAAGGCCUUAUCUAAAGAAAAGGUUGGUUAAAAAAAAAACAAAAAAAAACAAGCUGGGUUGUUAACACAAAUGUAACAUUCUUGGUUCAUUAAAGAUUUGCUCUGUCCUUCAAGGAAUGAGUGGACUUUGUGGAUACUAUUUUUGAAAGCCUGAAUCAUCUACAUAUUGAAGUUUAAUUAGAGGCAUGUGGAGAGCUGCUUUCCUUAGAUACAGAGGAGAGUCUUGUGCAUGCCCUGGGCUUCUCAAUCCAAGCAGCUACAAGCAUAGCUAAUAAAUGACCUGAGUUACUAUUUAGCUUUCGUGGUCCCUACUUGCAGCCUGUCAAAUGUGGGAUGCACCCUGAGCAGACACUGAAUGUAGAUUGCCAUCAAGAAUAGGACAUGUAAUACUUUGCUAAAUGAGAAUCCAGGUUAGCCAAGCACAAUUCAAAUAUUGUUAGAAAUUGAACGUUUGAAUCAUUUUAUCCGUCUGCAUCAAAAUUUCUACUUAAGUAUCUUGCAAUUAAUUUAA